AAGCUAGGCAGCUUCAAACGCACAGGCAAGCUUAGUAACCAGCCAUGAAGACGAUGAAGAGAUGCGUUGUUCCUAGCAUCCUGCUGAUGCUUUCACUCGUCGCCGCCGGCCGUCCCUCCACGAGCACCGCCGCCGACGAUGUGGGCACCAUUCUCCUGCCGAGCGAAGGCAUAGGCCAAGCAGGAAUGAUGGCGACCAGGCCAUGGAAAUGUUGCGACUUUGCUCUGUGCACCAGGUCGUUCCCGCCGAUGUGCCGCUGCAUGGACAAGGUCGAGCAGUGUGCUGCGACCUGUGAGAAAUGCGAGCCGGCCACGUCGGACUCAUCCCAGCGCGUCUGCAACGACUGGUACCAUGGCUUCCCGGGACCCAUGUGCACCCAGCCUCACUGGUCGUUCCCGCCGAUGUGCCGUUGCAUGGACAAGGUCGAGCAGUGUGCUGCAACCUGCAAGAAAUGCGAGCCGGCCACGUCGGACUCAUCCCGCCGCGUCUGCAACGACUGGUACCACGGUUUCCCGGGGGCCAAGUGCACCGCCGGCGGUAACUAG